UUCUUCACCAAAUUAAUAGCUUUUAUUUUAUGGAAAUAAAUAUGAUAUUUUCUUUGUUCUUCAGUAUUUAUCCAUGGACUCUGUUUUCUUAUCUUUUAACAGAGCUCCUCCACAGUCAAAUUAAGCUUAAGCCAUGGAACUUCUCCUCUGCUUCCUAGCUGUCCCCUUCUUGUUUCUUCUUUCUCUCUACUUAAUCAACGCUUCAAAACCCAACACCAAAACAGGAUUCAGAACUUACCCAAUUGUGGGAGCCAUGCCUGAUUUCUUGAAAAAUCGAUCCCGGUUCCUCGACUGGACAACCGAAGUACUAGCCAUCUCCCCCAAUACCACUGCCGUCUUAUAUCGUCCGUCAAGAAUCCACGGUGUGUUAACGGCGAACCCGGAUGUUGUCGAAUACAUUCUCAAGACCAAUUUCGAGAACUACCCAAAAGGAGAGAAAAGGUUUAUCAUAUUCUUGAAGGAUUUUCUGGGUCAUGGAAUCUUUAAUUCUGAUGGAGAUCUGUGGAAAUUUCAGAGAAAAACUGCUGUUCAUGAAUUCAAUACGAGGUCACUACGGAAUUUUUCUGUGGAAAAUGCUAGGAUUGAGAUUUUCACGAGAUUGAUUCCCAUGAUUGCAAAGGCAGGAGAGACAGGACAAGUUCUGGAUUUACAGGACAUGUUGGAGAGGUUUGCAUUUGACAGUAUAUGCAAACUCGCGUUCAAUGUCGAUCCCGGUUGUCUUGGUGGGGAUGGAACUGCAGGUAGUGAAUUCAUGCAUGCUUUUGAAGAUGCUGCACAGAUUAGUUCAGGGAGGUUCAUGUAUCCAUUCCCGAUUUUGUGGAAAUUCAAGAGGUUUAUCAAUUGGGGUUCAGAGAGAUCGCUGAGGAAUUCGAUCAAGAUCGUCCAUGAUUUUGCUGAUGAGAUAAUACGGUCCAGGUUGGAACAAAGAAAUGAGGAGAGAAAAGAUGAAGACUUGCUUUCCCGGUUUAUUGUGGAUAACGAGAACUCCCCCGAGUUUCUCCGAGAUGUCGUUAUAAGUUUCAUUCUUGCCGGCCGAGACACAACUUCUUCUGCACUGACUUGGUUUUUCUGGCUUCUGGCAUCAAAUAAGGAUGUUGAGGAAAAUAUAUUGAACGAGCUGGAAACGAUUCGGAAGCGAUACGGGAAGAAUAUCGGCGAUACUUAUAAUUAUGAUGCAAUCCGAGACAUGCACUAUUUACAUGCAGCAAUAUCGGAGUCAAUGAGGUUGUACCCACCUGUACCGCUCGAUACAAAGUCGUGCCUAAAAGACGAUAUCCUCCUGGACGGUACGUUUAUCAGGAAGGACUGGUUUGUUACUUAUCACACCUAUGCGAUGGGGAGGAUGGAGAGUGUUUGGGGCAAGGACUGCCGCGAUUACCGCCCAGAGAGGUGGUUGGAGAAUGAGAUGUAUCGGCAGGAGAGCUCGUUUCGGUUUCCGGUAUUUCAUGCCGGUCCGAGAAUAUGUUUGGGGAAAGAUUUGGCUUAUGUUCAGAUGAAGGCGAUUGCAUCGUCGAUCAUUGAGAGGUUUGAAUUGGACGUACAAGAUAAGGACAAGUGUCGCGAGCCCUUGCUAUCAUUGACUCUCAGGAUGAAGGGUGGAUUGCAGUUCAAGGCCAAAGAAAGAUUUGUGGGCAGGCCUAAUUGAUGUUUCUAUGUCGGCCCAAUGGGCCGAAUGCAUUUCUAGUUUUUUUUUUUAAUCCAAAUAAAAUUUGCACUUAUUAAUUUCUCUUUAAAUGUAAAUACUGGUCAAAACUGUCAGAUUGUUUUAUUUACUCAGUUUUAAUCUGUCUAGGUUUGAGUUUGAGUGUGAUACUUGACUGGUAAAUUAAUUGGCU